AUGCAGUUCAAGAUGGGCUACUCGAGGGCGCAGCAGGGCGCUGUCCCUCGAGGAUUUGGGGGGCCGAGCAAGCCCUCUUCCAAGCAUGUGGAGGGACAGCUUGAUCCAGAGGAUCUUACCCGUCGGUUGUUGCUGGUACUGGCCGAGCAGGAAGAACAUGAGAAACGAAGGCAGCGGAGGGCCGAGCAGCAGAGCCGUCAUCGCCGGGAGCAUCAGAGCAGCAGACAUGGACAGUCACAGUCAUCAAAAACACAAGCAGACCCCAGAUCCUCAGACCACAGCAGCCGAAGACCCUCCCAGGCCAACACCUCCACCUCCUCUCAGCACCCAGAACCCCGGUCGACAGACGAUCACUAUGUCCCCAAAGAAGCUGCCCGCCAGUUCACCCGCACCACCACCGUCGAGCAAAUGCGCUCCAACGAUUUCAUCCACCAACUCUCCAAGCGAGCCCACAGAUACCACAAAGACUCCAACCGCGAGGGUGACCCCAUCGCCUCCACCACCCCGGCCGACCUCGCCCGCCAACUCCGCCAGUCCCAAGCAGAGCGUGACCGUGCCUUGGAGCGGGAGCGUCAACAACGUCAACCUCCCCCUUCCGGGCCAUCAACCUCCUCCCCUUCCUCUCAACAACAGUCCCACACCUUCAGAGCCGAAUUGGCAAGGCUAAACACCAACCACAACCGCGUCUCCCUCACGGGUCAUUACCCCUCUCACCAACCCAGAAGAAACAGCACCGGCGGCGCAGACCCCUUGUCAGCCGAUACAACCCCAACCCAGCAGCCCACCACCCGCCGCUCCAUGCUCGUCCUCAACCCAACCCUUCCCGGAGGGGGAGGGGGGGGAUCAGAGGACACCACAACCCCUACUUCCGAAGACCCGAUCCCCCUCCAGCGUUUCCCUAUCCACGCCCCAGAGCACAGGGUUGACUGGUCCCAGUCUGAUGAACGCAGUAAAUCCACCGGGACAUCCCGCCCCAGACUCAUGUUGUCUCCCCUCCUGAAAAGAGCAGACUCGUUGUUCACGCUGAGGUCGUCAAAGGGUAAGGAGAAGGGUGGGAGUUCGAGCAGUGCUGGGUCGGGGUCGGGGUCGGUGGUGACGAGCCCGACUGGGGCUGGGGCUGGGGGGGAGAAUGGGGGGGUGCUGAGUUCGGGAUUGGGGACUAUGCUGCCCAGUCCUACUAGGGCUGUUGGGGGUGGGGAAUUGCCUGCGCUGGAGGAGCUUUCACCCCCUCCUCCUCCUCCCCCUCCUCCUGCUGCUGCUGCUGCUGCUGCUGGGGAGAAGGGGGCAAAGUCGCCUACUUCGGCGAAGAGUGCCACUAGUGGGAAGGGUUUCUUUGGGAGGUUUAAACGCUGA